AUGUCAAUAAUUCUUUCUAAUUCAAAAUAAUAAAGAAAGCUACCCUUACUUAAAGAUUAUACAAGGUAAAAGAAAGAAAUGUUAAAAACAUUUUUUACUUCCAAAACUAGCAGAUCUGAAUCAAGAUCUAAACAAAAUAAUGAGGUUUUCAAAGAGGAGAAAACUUACUAUUUCGAUGAGAGCAUAAAGAAAUAAAAGAAUGCAAUUUAUCUAUCAUAAAAGUUUAUUAGAUAAGCUCCGCGAAUUUUUCCUGCAAAGAAUGAUCCAUAAAUGAAUUAAAGUGAGGAGAUAAGUGAAGAUAGUUCCGAGAAAUCAAACAGUAGUGUGGAUGUUUUUGAUUUAGACAAACAUAAGGAGCAUGUUAAAAAUAAAUUAAAUACAAAUAAAGAUGAAUCAUAUUUUGGGUUCUUGAAGAAUUAACAAAAAUUGAGAGACAUUGCUUAGCAUUUCAUACAAGAAGAUGGGAUGAAUCCAAUCUACUAUUUUUGUGUUCAUGAUAGUUUGUUCCCCAAAAGAAUCGAUUUAACAAAUUGCCUGGUUGAUAAAAAAGAGAUGAAUUUUACUAAUUUAGGUAUUGGAUCUAAAUAUUAUCCAAUAUUGACCACAUUAUUGAAGUAACAAAAGAGUUAGAGAAUUAAACAAUUGUAUUUAAGUGACAAUAACUUAAAAGAAAAAGAAUUAAGUCUGAUUAUAGACUGUAUUCCUCUAUCCUUAAAAGAAUUAAAAAUAUCAAAUAAUAAAUUGGGGAGAGCAGGAGCUUUGCUUUUAGAGAAAUUGUUUAUAACUCAUAAAAGGUAUCAAUUCUUAUUGUUUGAUAGUAUCAAAUACUUAAAUGUUGCCAAUAAUACUUUAGGAGAUGCAGGAACUUAAAUAUUAUUGAAUGCUUUGAUGAAGAACAAUACAGUUACUAGAUUGAAUCUAUCAGAGAAUGGAUUAACAGAUUCGAUCUCAUAAAUUUUAUAUAACUUCUUGGCUAAUAAUAAAACAGUGGAAGUCUUCAUGUUAAAUUGGAAUUAUUUAGGAUCUUAGUCAGGCUAAUUGAUUGCAAAAGGACUGGCCAAUAAUAAAUCAUUAAAAGUAAUCGAUCUAAGUUAUAAUCACCUUGGGUAAAACAACUGCAUGAUUUAUUGGAGCGAAAUCAUUUCAAAUCCAAAACUUCCACUCAUCCAUAUUGAUUUAUCAUAUAAUCAAUUUAGUGAAUAGCAAUUAAGAAUUUUGAAUGAAGCCUUAAAAAAGAACAAUCAGAUUUAUGGUUUACAUAUAGAAGGAAAUAAGUGUCCUGCCUAUGUAGAUCCUAAUGGAUUCAUUCAAUUUACUAAUGAUGGAUUGUAACUUUAAGGAAACGCCUUGAGGUUGUAAUAAAAGAAGUAUGAAAUUGAUGGAGUAAAUUUUAUACCAGAAUUAAACAAUGGUCUAAUUGGUAGUGAUUGUUGCUGGAUUUGUUAAGGUUGGAUGGAAUUUAAAUUUAAUUACACUCCAGAUGAAUUCAAAGGUGAUGUGCCUAUCUUUCUCCACCUUGAUUUUUUAGAUUACAAACCAAUUCCAAUGACAUCCAGUUUAGAAUUGAAGGAGUAGAUGAAAUAAUAAAGAAAGAGCAAAUCAGUUGAACCAUAACUGACAACUGGAGAAAUAAUUUAUUAGUUAAAGUAAGUAAUAAAUGAGGAUAAGAAAAUAACUAUGGCUGCAAUUUAAGAGGCUUAUGAUAUAGAAACUAAAGAUGAAAUUGUAGAUGAAAGAUGCUUGGAUGAUCUGGAUAAAUUUUAUUACACUACUUAUUAGAUGUGCCCACCAAAAAGAAGGAUUUUGUACUUCUUUAGUAAUCCAAUAUCAGAAGACUAUUUUAUAGAUAAAAAUUCUUUAAGUAUGACAUCUCCCCCUGAUGAUUUAAUAUUACAAGGCAAAGAUGCCAAAUUUUAAUUUCAUUAAUUUGCUGAUGGAACUAGAAUUAAAUUUAAAAAGGUUAAUCAAAUCAACUAUUUAUUAUCAAAAUAAGAGUAUGUUAUAGAUGACAAAAAUGAUUAUAAACCAUUAGUGAAAAUAUUCCCUCGAUCUGCUCAAAAAAAAUACAUCUUGAGAAAAUUUGCAAACAAUUCCAUCAGAAAGAAAGUGAAUAUCAUCUUUUGGAAUAAGGAGGAUUCCUCUUUUAAGUAAUUUUAGGGUGACAAUGAUGAUUUAUUGGAUAAUUGUUUAGAUUUUGAUUGGUCAUGUAGUAAGAUUACAAGAUUUGUUAGAAAUGAGUAUGAGAGAACAAAAAUGAAGGAAUAUUUUAGAUAACAGUAUUAAUUAUUAAAAGAUGUGUAUAAGUACCUUUCAAGUUUUGGACAUUAAUUUCCUUAAUUUGAUAUGUUUUGCAUAUAAUUCCCAUAAUUUUCAAAGUUAGUUCAACAAUUAGGAUUAAUCGAUGGAGUUGACUUGAAAAUUUAGGAUGUGGAAAGCAAUUUAAUUUCAAUUAAGAAUAAUGUAGACAAUAAAUAUAUUUAUAAUCCUGAUUUAGCUUUAAUUAGAUAUUAAUUUAUAGAGAGUCUUUAUAGAUUGGCACUUGAUAAAUAUGUAAGAACUAACAUAGUGAAAAAUGCAGCUGAUGCAGUAUAUCGUUUAUUGAAAGAAUUUAAGCCUUAUUUCAAUAAUUUCGAUUCUACUUAGGAAUGGAGAUAAAGAAGAUUGUGGAAUAAGGAGUGUGAUACUUUAAUAUAAUUUAAAAUGGGAUUCUUAAAAAAAUUAUAUGAUUAUAUAACCGAUAUAAGUAAUCGAAGAUGGUAUUUUAAACUAAAAUGGAUUUCCAUUAAAGAAUUUAAAGAAUUUUGUAAGUAGAUUGGAUUGAAUGAAUAUUUGAGUGACAAAUAAUAAAUCAUAAUCUACAAUUUUUCUAUGAUGUCUCAAGUGGAUGAACUGAAUUAAGAUAGAAAUGUCAGAAUGACUCUCAUAGAAUUUAUAGAAUCACUUGCCAGAAUUGCUGAAAGAAUUAGUCCAUGUCCAAUUGAUGAAAGAAUAGCAGAUUGGACUUAUGAAUAAAGAACCAUAUUGCCUUUAAAUGUGAAACUAGAAUCAUUGCUAACAUACAUUUAUAUAAAGGUUAAUAAAAAGGGAGCGUUUGAAUCCUUUAAUGAUGUGUUUGGAGAUGAAUAACAAUAAAGAAUUCAAUUCAUGCCAGCUCCAGAGUCUGUAAUAAAUGAUGAAGAGUAUUCCAAUACUAUAGAAACUUUAACUACUUACAAUACAUUGUCUUACUUGAAUCUCCAUAAAUAACCAUACCUAAAUCCAGAUUAUGUACAUUUCUUGCAAAAUCCGGUGCCCAAUCAACCAAAAUUUCAUGGUCCUCUUUUGGUUAGAAGAUUUUCAAGAGUAGAUAGGAAGAAUAAAUGA